AUGGCGUUCAGGCGGCACUUCUCUCGCGUCGGCUCCGCCGAGCGCUGCACAGAGACCAUCUUCACUGACCACCAACGACAGCUGUACGAAGCGCCGUACUCGGUCUCCUUCACCGCGACGCAGAGCGGCGACGUCAUCGUACAGCUGCACCCGCACUCGCAGCUCGAGCGCGCGGGCCGCGGUGCCAGGGGCCGUGCCGAUGCUGGACCCCGUCUCGUUGACAAGAACGCGCUGUCCGCGCGCGGCAGCGGGCCCUCGCGCCAGUCGCGCUCGCCGUCGCCCGACUCUCCGCCCGCCAAGCGGGCCGCCUCCGCUGACUCGUCCGGCUAUGAAACCGAUACGCCGGACGAGGUGCAGCAGGAGGCGGUCCGCAGGGUAUGCGGCGCGCUCGGCAUGAGGGAGCAGUUCGAGGCGGCGAUGGCGGCGGGAGAGCUGCUCGAGAUGCUCGAGAGCUUGCCGCGAGGGGCGGUCGAGGCCUCCGUUCGGCUGAUGCGCGGUUACAACCGCACGGGCGAGUGGCCAGAGCCCAUCCUCACCAGCCCUGCCCCGCAGCGCGGCCGCUCGCCAAGCCCCGUCGAUGAGUGGCCCGUGAUAGCUGAGAAGGAGACUCACAUCGGGCAAAACCGCGACGCACAAUCGAGGUCCGCCGCGAUCGCCAGCGACACUUUUGGCUUCUCGGGUGAAGCGACAUUUUGGGCGCCAAUCGAGGCGGAAGACAUGGCCUUCUCGAUGAGAGCGCCCGCCGUCGGCGGAGGCGCGGCUUCCACCUUGGCCGGCGAGGAGGGCUGGGUCGGCGCCGCCGACGCCGGGUGUGGCUUGUCGAGCGCUUCGAUGACCGGCGAGAGCGCGCCCGAAGCGAAAGUUGCCAUCUGGGGCGACGCUGUGGCGGCAGUGGCGGCGAGGACGGUGACGACAGCCUUCCAACCGCCCGCAGCGUGGACCUGGCUGUAG